CAGGGAGGAGAUAAUUCAUUAACUAAUCUCUUUAUACAGUGUGUUUAACAAAUCUUAAACAGCAUAAUUUUUAAAAGUGAUUAUGACUGACUUCAUUUGGCGCUUUUUCGCAUCCCACAAAUGGUGCGACUUCUUUGGAUUGUAAGAUUUCUUAGAGGGCCCCUGAUAAAGUUGAUAACAUCCUUUGGGAAACUAGGGAGCCAAAUUAACUAACCAAUGCUACGAAUCGGAAUCUUAACACUCCCAAGCAUUGCAGUUUUAGAAAUGUUUAGGUGAAAGUUUAUUCGCAGUUUGAUAUUACUUGUCGUGUAUUUAGUUGAGACCCUUUUAACUAGUGUUUAACUAGUACUAAGUGCAAGUUUCUAUGCUGCACUGGAAUUACAGUGCAGUAUACACCGACACUCCGAGCUUAAUAACUUCUACGGCGGCGAAAGGAAUUUUAUUAGUGCUAAACUUCUGUAAGUUUCCAGCAUAGAGCUGUUAUGCUAAAAUCCUUAGUGACAUCAUCACAGCUACAACCAGUCGGAAAGCAGCCCAAAAUUUAGGGGUGGAACGAGGAGUUGGGUUUCGAACCCACCAUGAAUGAAGCGCUUGGCAUGUGGCUCUAGCAAAUGCAGGUCGGGCUUCCCACUUUGUUUCCUUACGUUACAAAUCAAGCUGGUGAGGGAUCCCAACUGCCCGGACAGAUGGAGAGUGGCAAAGGCACCUGGACACGAAUCUGACUGUUUCAACCCCUCGAUUAUUUGCACAGCAGGCUAUGGAGAAAGGAAUCUAGGACGGCUUCUGACAUCUUUGAUGGGAAUUGUGUUUAUGAAAUGUGUCGACAGUAUGUGCUCAACUUUGUGAAGGCUUGGUACACGAGUUGCUGUUGGUAUUUGCACUAAACGUGUAACGUAACAACACAGAGGCAUUCUGCAAAAAAAAUCUUCCCUAUACUUCGGGAAAGGGCUACAGAUAUUUGUAGCAGUGUCUAUACGGGAGGUACUUGCCUUUACUUCGAGGGUCUUAUUUUAUAUUUUGUGCAGUCACCAAGGGAAAACGAUCAGUAAAGUGCUUCUGAUCCAUUUUCCAGGAAAAUGUCUAAUUUGAGAAAUGGAUAUGCUGUUAUACAGGUGAUCGUGGGUAUGUGGGUGAUAUUCUGCGUCACGAGUGUUGUUGAAGGAUGCCCUCAUAAAUGUACCUGUUCUGGUCCAAAUGUGGAUUGUCGUGGACUUGGGCUCAAACUGGUGCCAAAGGGCAUCCAUAGGAAUACAGAAAGACUAGACCUUGACAGGAAUAACAUUACAAAGAUUACCAAGACAGCUUUUGCUGGAUUAAGAAAUCUACGAGUACUGCAUUUGGAAGAUAAUCAGAUCAACAGUAUUGAGAGAGGAGCAUUUCAGGAUCUGAAGCAGUUAGAACGACUGCGCAUCAACCGAAAUAAAUUACAGAUUCUUCCAGAAUUGUUGUUCCAGAGCAACCCAAAGCUUGCAAGGCUUGAUUUAAGUGAAAACCAGAUUCAAGCCGUUCCAAGAAAAGCAUUUCGUGGAAUUACAAAUGUAAAAAACUUGCAACUGGACAGCAAUCAGAUUAGCUGCAUUGAAGAUGGAGCCUUUCGAGCACUACGCGAUUUGGAAAUUCUCACACUUAACAACAACAACAUUACCCACAUUUCCGUUUCCAGUUUCAACCACAUGCCAAAACUGAGAACCCUGCGCCUGCACUCUAAUAACUUGUACUGUGACUGUCAUCUGGCCUGGUUGUCUGACUGGCUGCGGCAAAGAAGAUCUGUUGGACAAUUCACACUUUGCAUGGCUCCAGUUCAGCUGAGGGGUUUAAGUGUAGCAGAAGUACAGAAGAAAGACUUUGUCUGCACUGGUACACAGGCUUCUGAACCACACUCCUGCAAUGCUAAUGUUGUGACCUGCCCAGCCACCUGUACAUGCAGUAACAACAUUGUGGAUUGCCGAGGGAAAGGCUUGACAGAAAUUCCAGCAAAUUUACCCGAAGGGAUUGUAGAAAUACGCUUGGAGCAGAAUUUGAUCAGAAGUAUUCCUGCUGGAGCCUUUUCCCAAUACAAGAAACUGAAAAGAAUAGAUCUUAGCAAGAAUCAGAUAUCAGAUAUAGCACCAGAUGCUUUCCAUGGACUAAGAUCGCUUACAUCACUAGUACUGUAUGGAAAUAAGAUCAGUGAAAUUCCCAAAGGACUGUUUGAUGGACUCACGUCUCUCCAGCUACUGCUUCUCAACGCUAACAAGAUCAACUGCUUGAGAGUUAAUACGUUCCAAGACCUCCAGAAUCUGAUCCUCCUUUCUUUAUAUGACAACAAACUACAGACCAUCAGCAAAGGACUCUUUGCACCUUUACGGUCCAUUCAAACUUUACAUUUAGCCCAGAAUCCUUUGGUGUGUGACUGCCAUUUAAAGUGGCUAGCUGAUUACCUGCAGGAUAAUCCAAUAGAAACCAGUGGCACCAGAUGCAGCAGCCCACGUCGUCUUGCCAACAAACGCAUCAACCAAAUCAAGAGCAAGAAGUUCCGCUGCUCAGGAACAGAAGACUACAGAAGCAAACUUAGUGGAGAAUGUUUCAUGGAUCUUGUUUGUCCAGAGAAAUGUCGCUGUGAGGGAACAGUUGUAGACUGUUCUAACCAAAAGCUUACAAGCAUCCCAAAUUAUCUUCCAGAAUACACAUCUGAUCUACGAUUAAAUGAUAAUGAGAUAAUGGCACUGGACGUCUCUGGAAUAUUUAAAAAACUUCCUCAUCUAAGGAAAAUAAAUCUGAGUAAUAACAAAAUAAGAGACAUUCGAGAAGGGAUAUUUGAUGGAGCUGCAGGAGUUCAGGAGUUGAUGCUGACCGGGAACAAGCUAGAGUCAGUAAACGGACGAAUGUUCAGAGGACUCACAGGAUUAAAAUCAUUAAUACUGAGGACCAAUCUUAUCAGCUGUAUUAAUAAUGACACAUUCACUGGACUGAGUUCUGUAAGACUGCUGUCGCUGUAUGAUAACCGAAUCACAACCAUCACUCCUGGGGCCUUUGUCACUAUGGUUUCUUUGUCAACAAUAAACUUAUUGUCCAAUCCAUACAACUGUAACUGCCACGUUGCUUGGUUGGGAAAGUGGCUGAGGAAGAAGAGAAUUGUGAGUGGGAACCCACGCUGCCAGAAACCUUACUUCUUGAAGGAAAUUCCGAUACAAGAUGUAGCUGCUCAGGAUUUUACCUGUGAUGGCAAUGAUGAGACAAGUUGUCAACUUCCUCCUCAGUGUCCAGAGCAGUGCAUAUGUGUGGAAAAUGUGAUACGGUGCAGCAAUAUGGGACUUCGGGGCUUACCCAAAGGCAUUCCUCGAGAUGUGACUGAACUGUACCUUGAUGGGAACAACCUGGCAGCAAUACCAAAAGACCUCUCCAACUUCAAAUAUCUUACUCUAAUUGAUCUAAGCAACAACAGUAUCAGCUCAUUGUCCAAUUAUACCUUCAGCAACAUGACUCGGCUAGCAACAUUGAUAUUAAGCUACAACCAGCUAAGAUGUAUUCCAGUCCAUGCAUUUAGUGGCCUGCGAUCCCUGCGUUUACUGACUUUGCAUGGCAACGACCUUUCCAGUAUCCCAGAAGGAGCUUUUAGUGAUCUUACAUCUUUAUCCCAUCUAGCACUUGGAGCAAAUCCUCUAUUCUGUGACUGUCACCUAAGAUGGCUGUCAGACUGGGUGAAAGCAGGAUUCAAGGAACCCGGUAUUGCACGCUGUAGUGGGCCAGAAGAAAUGGCAGAUAGACUGCUACUAACUACACCUUCCAGUCACUUCCAUUGCAGAGGUCCUCUUGAUAACAGUGUGUUGUCUAAAUGUAAUCCCUGUUUAUCCAAUCCAUGCAAGAAUAACGGGACAUGUAACACUGAUGCUCUUGGUGCCUACCGGUGUACUUGCCCUUUUGGAUUCAAGGGUCAGAAAUGUGAACUACCUGUAAAUUCCUGCAUUACCCGCCCAUGUCAAAAUGGAGGGACUUGUCAUAUAAGCAAGGAAAAUCCAGAUGAAUUCAGUUGCAGCUGCCCUGAGGGCUUUGAGGGUCUCAAGUGUGAGAUCAACCCAGAUGACUGUGAGGAUAAUGACUGUGAAAACAACUCUACAUGUGUGGAUGGAAUUAACAAUUAUUCCUGUCUCUGUCCUCCUAAUUACACAGGAGAGUUGUGUGAAGAGGUGAUAGACCACUGUGUUGAUGAUUUGAAUCCCUGUCAACAUGACUCCAAAUGCAUCUCCUUUCAAAAGGGAUACAGAUGUGAGUGCUUACCUGGGUAUGUCGGUAAACAAUGCGAAACAAAUUUUGACGACUGCCAAAACAAUAAAUGCAGCCAUGGUGGAGAAUGCGUUGAUGCUAUCAAUGGCUAUACCUGUCUAUGUGUUGAAGGCUUUAGUGGGCUGUUCUGUGAAAUCCCCCCACCAAUGGUUUUGCUUCAGACGAGUCCAUGCGAUAACUACGAUUGUCAGAAUGGGGCACAGUGCAUCACUCUCCAGAAUGAGCCAGUUUGUCGUUGCACAGCUGGAUUUGUGGGGCAGAAAUGUGACAAGCUCAUCACAGUCAACUUUAUUGGAAAAGAUUCUUACGUUGAACUCUCAGGUGCUAGAAUUCUGCCACAAGCAAACAUAUCUCUACAGGUUUCAACCAACAGAGAUAAUGGACUUUUGCUGUAUAAGGGUGACAACGAACCUCUCUCCUUAGAGCUGUACCAAGGACAUGUGAGGCUAAUUUAUGACACAGCAAGCUAUCCCCCUACCACAGUCUACAGCACUGAGACCAUCAAUGAUGGGCAGUUUCACACAGUGGAGUUGGUAAUGCUGAACCAGACACUUACUCUUGUUGUGGAUAAAGGAAUCCCAAAGAGCCUAGGAAAACUGCAAAAACAGCCCAUUCUUGGCCUAAAUACACCUCUUUAUAUCGGAGGAGUGCCAUCAUCAAGAAAACUGACAGGGAUGCGUCAAAGAUCAGAAAGAGCACUUACUGGUUUCCAUGGAUGUAUUCAUGAUGUUCGCAUUAACAAUGAGCUGCAGGACUUCAGUGUGUUAUCCCAACCUGCAUUUGGUAUUAUGCCUGGAUGUAGGUCUUGCAGUGUUUGCCAGCAUGGAGCUUGCCAUAUUACAGAUCAGUCAGAAAUCAUCUGUGAAUGUGACCCUGGAUGGACUGGACAGCUGUGUGAUGUAGCAGUUGAUGACCCCUGUCUUGAUAACAAAUGCGUACAUGGUGUGUGUGCAACAACCAGCUCUGGUUAUACUUGUAAGUGCAAUGAAGGCUACAAAGGUAAAUACUGUGAGAAAAAAGAAGAUCCUAUGAGCCGCUGCAAGUCUGUAAAGUGUGUCCAUGGACAGUGCAAAAUUUCUGAUAAUGGAGACGUGUUGUGUGAAUGUCACAGCAACUUCACUGGAGAUGCAUGUGACAAAGAAAUUUCUUGUCAAGGUGAAGUUUUUCGAGAUUUUGUUCACAAGCAGAAUGGACAGGUUACAUGCACAACAAGCAUCAUGGUACCCCAGAUGACAUGUCAGGGAGUUUGCAGUAGUGGGGCAUGUUGUAGAUCUGUGAAAAGUAAACGCCGGAAACAUACAUUCCAGUGCACAGAUGGAUCCUCCUUCAAGGAAGAGCUGGAACGAGUUGUGGAAUGCGGAUGUGCGACAUGCUUAUAAUCUUAGAGCAAAACAUCACUAACUGAGUUUGUAAACUACUAUCAACAUGGACUUGUUUACUUCCAUAGAGAAGAUGAAGAUUAAGUAUAUUGUAAAAUAAAACAAAUAGAACUUAUUUUUAUUAUGGAAAGGGACUAUUUUCAACUUAUAUAAAGUAUUACAACACAUGGCUAUAUGUAUCAUAUAGUAAUUUUCUAUCAUGAAAGAUUUUUUAAGUGUUUUUAAAAAGCAUAACAGAAGAAAGGAAUUAUAAAUAGGAUAUAUGUUUACAUGACUGCAUUCUGAUGAGAAGCUCUUCUUGAAGGACGUGCCAGAGUCAAUUCAGCGUCUGAGCCAUAUUUGUAAUCUUUUGUUUCCCCAAGAGUCAAAUCUUUAAACUGAUCAGAAUGAGGGUAUAUUAUUUUUGUGAAUGAAUUUCAGAAAAGUAUAAAAUAAUAUGUUUACUACCUUAAUGUUAAACAAUGUAAAUUGUAACAAGCUGACACAUAAGAUUUUUCUGACAUUUUGUGGAUCAAAAUAAACUAUGUAACAAGUCUGACACAGUGAAUUCAUAGUUCAUUUAUUUAAAAUCUUGACAUGCAAUCACAUUUAUUACACUUGCAUUUUUGUAAUUCAGUAUUAUCAGCUAAAUGUGUCAGUUAGAGAAUCUCUUGUGUGACAUAUUUCAUGCACCAUUUGCUAGAAAAUGUAUGUAGAUAAUUUCAUAAAUAGCAGUGCUAAUAAGAAUUAGAUCAACAUUAUCCUAAAUAAUUAACAACUGUCUGCACUAAACACUCUAUAUUUAGUAAUUAUUAUUUGAUAGGGCUUGAUAAAAUUUUGAUGUAAUUUCUAUAAAAUAGUAAAAACAAUAAAUGAAGGUCUAGGCUACAUUUUCAAGUGCUCACUUGAACAUGUUAAGAUAACAUGCAAGAAUUGUGUUUUCUGUUCAUUAAAAAGUGGACAAGAAGUUGGAGACAGUUGUUGAUGGCCUGAUUGGUGAGGUAUUUGGAAACGUGUCACUCUAAUGAACGUAGUUUGGUCAAGUACAAAUUGGCUGAAAAUGUUUAAUGGAAAGCAUUUCAAGCGAUAGUAGAAGAUUUCCUUUUUCCACUGUUGCAUGACCUUGGAGUAGUUUUAUUUAAGUUUGAGGAGUGUGGGGAUGCAGGGCUCCUCUGCAUUUUUUGUUAGAUUUUUGAUGAAAGUUAUUUUGCCUACUCAUUUUCUGUGGAUUUGUGAUCAACAGAACUACCAUCAAUCUAUUGACAUGCGUCAAACUAUUGAUAUUACAGGGUAACAGAGAAAACAGAGUUAAGAGAAACAUGUCACUUCCAUCUGAGAAAGUGGAAAUGUUGCGUAUUUAAUCCAUUUUGAUUAUUUUGUGACUCUCUUUAUAGCCUACAAUUUGAAUUUCCCAUUUUCCCCAGGAUGGCUUGAAUAAAGUUUGUUUUAAUUCAGAAUGUCACAUUUCUCAAAAAGCAUUGGACUAAAUGUUAAAGAAAAAUAUUAACUUAAUAUUUGUUUUUUCAAGACAUGUUAAUUAGUCUUCCUUACUUAAUUUCAUAACACAGAAGUUAAGUUUGGGGUACACAUAUGUAAAUAAAACACUUUACAUAUGUAGACAUCUGACAAGAGCAGCUGGAGCUUGCAAUGUAGUCAUACAACCUUAUUUCACAACGUAGCAUUGCGGAGAAUGAGUAAUGUUAGUUUGCAGGUGAAGCUUUCCACUCCUGCUCCACUUUCUUGAUACUGUUUUGAUAAUGGUCAAUUAAAUGCUCUGCUGCUUGACUUUGUAUAAGUUUUUUAUAAAAAAAAACUUUUCUUUGAAACGUUUGGGGUAGACACUGCAAAACUCAUUACACACAAUGUCUCCUUGGUUUAAUUAUUUCAGAUGAAUACAUUAUACUGUAUUUACACUGAUGAAACUGUCAAUAAAGUUAAUUUGCUUAUUUCUGA